GGAUAAUUUCCCCCGCAUUAUGUAAACGUCUGAGGUUUUUGAUUAUGGGCGCACAACACACAAAGGAGCGUCCGCGUCGCACAUAUCACCCAAAAGUUGACCAUGAAUUGCAAAUAAACACAUGUAGGUUAUUUGUCUUUUAUAUGUUACAGUUAAAGUGAUUAUUUUAUUCGUCAUUUCACGAUGACAAGCUUUCUCACGUUCUUAUUAAUAAACUUUUCCCAUAUAUUCAAGGGAUGAGAUGCUGUUUCAGUAAUCUUUACCAGCCCAAAAAUGUUAAAGCAAUGUUCUGUGAGGGAGACAAAUUCAGGUUUAACCGGCAUUUGUACGAUUGCAAAAUACGGUUAAAGCCACUAAGUCCGACCAAGUUCAGGGAUCUUGUAACUGGGCUCUAGAUUUAAAUGACUAAUUUAUAAAGCCUAGCGAGUUAGUAUCUUGAGUCCUUUUCAUUAAGUUGGACGCUCGGAUGACUUGUCUCUAAGCUGCUCACAUGACGUCAGUAACUUUGUAUCUCGUCCUACGAAUAUAACGUGAGUAGGAGUUUGCAUAAAAGCAACACUAUGAAACUCUCGCUGGUUGUACUGAAUAUGUUAUUUCCGAAGGACUAAGGAUUCGCUAUCAAACUCUAAUAAUCCAGAACUUAAAAUCUGUAAGGAAUGGUAUGACAUCCCUAAAUGUGGUCGAUUUUAUCCAAUUGCUUUAUACCAGUUUACCUAUUAAUUUUGAACGCCUUUGCAUUUCAUUCUUCAAAGUGUAUCAGUUUGCAUUUUUAUAUGGUUUCCUAGAUGGAUAGAGUUGGUUGUUUUCCAUCCUUAAACUACAUGUGUCUGAAAAACUGACGACUGGAAAGUGGAAUUUCAGUUAGUAGAAGCUAUUUUUCAAUCUGAAGAGUUUUGAAAAUUCAAAAUUCUUAAAACGUUCUGAAGUAGUUCGAGAAAACAAACAGUACAAUCUUGAAUUGUCAUUCGUUACGUAGGUGGGGUAGACUAAAAGUGGUAUAAAACGGUCGGUAGCACACAAGAGUUAAUAGGACUAUCGAAUACGUUUUAUUUGACUGGAGCGGUUCGAGUUUUGUCGCAAGUGCAUAUUACUGCAUCUGAAUACAAACACCAUAUGCUAGUUACUUUUCAGUUUUAAAUGCCACAUCCAGUAGUUAGAUACUUUAGAUAACAUGGAUUAGAAUAAGUUACAGCGGCACAAAUACUUUUAUAUCUUACUCUAGAUUUCGAGUCCCAGAUUUCUUUCGUGCAUACCUUUUCCUCCCAUCUUUUUUUACUUUAUUCUCAUCGCGUAUUCUUGUUAUUUUUGUUGCUGAAUUAUUGCAGUCACUCCUCUUUUCAUCAUGUUGCUUUCGUCUCACUUUGCUAAUGUGUUGCGUCGACUUGGAUCAGUGAAUAUUUGUUCCAGACUACGCUGACGACAACUAACUGGUAGUUCUGUCGAUAUUUCUUAAACUGUAACUGUUUCUGAGACUAAUGUAUUAUUUGUUUUAUCCAUGAAUAACAUUUACUUCACGCCACGAGGUAUGAGAUUAGUGUCACGUCUGUCACACAAGUACAACUAGGAGUGGCUCAAUUAUGGAUUGAAAAUAACCGCAGUUUAUUGCAUUAAUUCAUAUGGGGUGAUGCAACCCUUUGUUGAAAGUUUUUCUAAUAUUGACUCUAAUAACUAGUUGUGACUUUAAGAUUAAACGAUUUACAGAGUAGUAAUUAACUACUUGUUCGUAAUCCGUGUCGUAGUCCACUAUCUUACAAUCGGCUUGAUCAAGUAUUUGCUCGCCUUCAUUGUCGUUUAACUUCCAUCAAACACUAGGUCUCUGAAAGAUAUGUUGAACUAUGCAAACUCUAAACAAGUUAAUUUUGUAAUAUUAGAUCUGAGAAUUUCUUAUUUUGUGUAUGGUUUUUCCUAGCUACGUCUUGGAUCCAAAAUCACAACCCUCCAACGAACUUCAAAGGUUCUGUAGCGCACACAUCGCAGAUAAAUCAACCCAGUGAUCAACUAUUAAUAGCCUUGUUUGAUUUCACUCCGCCAAAUACACUAGAAAAUCAGUCACAAGUUAGAGUAGAGAAAGGUGAUCGUCUGCAGCUGUUUGGUUACAGUGCAGACGGUGAUUGGUCAGACGUUGAAUGUAUACGAACUAAUGAACGUGGUUGGAUACCAACAAACUAUACAGGUCGCAUUCCUUUUCCUCCUAAUGAUCACAGCACAACUUUGAAUACUGGAUCAGCUUCCGGCAGUUCACUUACUUUCCAACAUACUAGCAGUCACGAUGUUAGUUGUAAUGGUAGUCAAGGAAGUUUGGCUAGAGUAGGACUAGAGUCAGAAAAGUGGUAUCAUGGUGCUAUUCAGAGGAGUUAUGCAGAAUAUUUACUCAAUAGUGGAAUCACGGGAAGUUUUCUCAUCAGAGAAUCAGAAAGUCAUCCUGGUCAGCUCACAAUAAGUCUUCGUUAUGAAGGACAGAUAUGGCAUUAUCGUAUCCAUCGUGAUGAUUCCAACAUGUAUUACGUUAUUGAAUCCAACAAGUUUACAUCAGUCUCUGACCUUGUACAUCAUCAUGAGAAGCAUUCAGAUGGUCUGGCCUGUACAUUAUUAUAUCCAGCACCUAAACGAGACAGAACAAGUUCAGAGUUACGCAUGGAUCCCAGUUUCGAUAUACGUGAGAUAGAUCGAACCGAAAUAGUUAUGAAACAUAAAUUAGGAUCAGGACAGUAUGGUGUAGUAUAUGAGGCUGUAUGGAAACCUUAUAAUGUAUUAGUUGCUGUGAAAACACUCAAGGAAAAUGUCACAGUUCGUGAUGAAUUUUUAGAAGAAGCUCGUUUGAUGAAAAGUUUAAGACAUCCAAAUCUUGUGACUUUGUUAGGUGCAUGUACCCGGGAACCACCUUAUUAUAUUGUUACAGAAUUUAUGUGUAAUGGGAACUUGUUAGAUUAUUUACGUACACAUCCUAGAACAGAAUUAACACCUUCAGUUUUAUUGCAUAUGGCAACUCAAGUAGCUAGAGGUAUGGCUUAUUUGGAACAACACAAUUUUAUACAUCGUGAUUUAGCAGCCCGCAAUUGUCUAGUUGGCACACAACAUACUAUUAAAGUUGCAGAUUUUGGUUUAGCUCGUUGUAUAGAACGUGAUCUUACUUAUCGAGCUCAUGAAGGCGCUAAAUUUCCUAUAAAAUGGACAGCACCAGAAGGUUUAGUCUAUAAUUUAUUUUCAACUAAAUCAGAUGUAUGGGCAUUUGGUAUAUUAUUAUGGGAAAUUGCUACCUAUGGGAAAACACCAUAUCCAGGUGUUGAAUUACAAGAUGUUUAUGUUUUAUUAGAAAGAGGUACUCGAAUGCUUUGUCCUGAAGGUUGCCCUGAACCAGUUUAUGAACUCAUGUUACAGUGUUGGCAAUGGCUUCCAGAACAACGCCCACCAUUUUCUGAUAUAUUGAAUCAAUUAGAAUCUAUGCCAACUAAUUCUACAAUGGAAGAAGAAGAAGAACAAAUUGAUUUUGAUAUAACUUCUACUACAUCAUCGUCAUCGUUAUUAUUAAAUAACAACGAAAUAAAGGUGAUCAACUCUAGUGAGUCAAAUAGAUCCAUUAAGCAUCCACCUAAUAUUGCGUAUCCCCGACCACCACUUCCUCCUAGACCACCCCCACCAAGAAGAAGUACCAGUUGCGACUAUUUAAUUGAUGAGAAUGAUGAUAAUCAAUUUGAUAUGAUUAAAGAGGAUUGCAAAUCUGAUUUGGGUAGUGAUAUACCAGUAAAUGCUAUGAAUAAUAAUAAAAAUAAUGUUAGCCACAAAUCUCAUAGAGGUAUAUUUACAAGAAGUUUUAAAAAUCCCCUUUCGAAACAGUUACAUAUUGGUGAUCUAAGUACUGAUGAGUUUGGUACUGCUGAAAAAGAUCUGCCAUUUACAAACUCAGGAUCUCUCGGGCGUAAAAGAACUGCACCGCGACCACCAAGACGUACUACACCAGUUAAACCGUUGAAUUUCUUAACUGAUUUCAAUUUACUAGAAGAUAAUAACUGUGUUUGCCCGAAUCCCUAUCGGGAUGACUUUGAUCAUGCACCACUCCCACCCCCACCCCCACCAGUUCACCUUGAUUCUAGUCAUCAUCAAAUACAUCAAACCCGAUCACAACAACAUCCUCGUCCAGCACCACAGUCUAAUAAUGGUUCACUAUCAAAUAACUCAAAUGCAACACCAUUUUCAGUGCCAUCAGUUAUGAGUAGUUCUGCAAUUUUCCCAUCUUCUCGUCAGUUUUCAUAUGUGGAUCCCAUUCCAUUAGAUAACAGCCUGACCAGAUCAAUUUGUCCUGACCGUCUAAUAUCACCGCUCGCUCCUCCCACACCAAGUAAACAUGUUCAGCUGUCUUCAAAGUCACCAGCUUUAUCAAAAUCCACUGUAAAUUCGGAUUUAUCUAACAAAACUAAUCCCGUUGUAGAUGAUUCCCACAAUAAGCGCAGUAUGAAUUCUAAUUUUCUUAAUGAAUCUUAUUCAGGGAAUAAUGUUUCAUCUAAGCCAAAUGUUCAUCCUACCAAUAUAUCAUCGUCUGUCUUUCAAGAGGAAUUACGAGAUAGAUUAAAACAACAUUCUCAACAGCUUAAAAGUUCAUCUCAGCAGAAACCUAAAACUAUACCAAAUAAUUCACCUUGUAAUGUUACUAAUUCAGUGAUGUGUAAUCAGGAAAAAAGUGAUUCAAAAUCAUCGGUUUCUAAUUCUUCCCCUUAUUUCACUAUCCCCCGAUUAAGACCACCACCACGCUCUGCGAAUCCACCUCUAAUAUCUUCUAAUAAUACUUCUGGAUCAAGUAACAAUCAAAUGUCGACACGUGGAAAAGUGGAGCCUCCACAUUGUUCUUCAGAAUUGAUCCGAUCACUUGCAUCGACCCAGAUCAAAAAUGAUAAUGCUUCUAAUUCAACUGUCACUACGACCAGCAAGUUGCCGACAAAUAUCAAUAGUAAUAAUAACAAUUCCCCAAAACCUCAUUUCAAAAGGUCUGAAAAUGAAAUCUCUGAUAAAUUAUCGGAUAUAAUACAAAAGCGUUUAAGUUGGACUGGUCCAACUGAUGAUAAUUCAGCUAGUAAUCAAAAGCGGUCUCAACGAUUAUAUCUACCUACCAUACUUUCUACAUCAUCUACAGCAUUGGACGAGACUAAUGGUAAUAAUCACUGUGUUCCACCAACAAAAUACCACUUGAAAAAGCAUUUAUCAAAUAUUUUAAAGGAGUUAGAACGUUUGAUUCGUAUGAAUGAUAAAAAAAUUCCUGGAAAUAUUGCUUCCUCUCCUUCCUCCGCUGCCAUUUCAUCAUCAUCGUCUACUUCAAAUUUAGAACAGUUAAUUGAAUUAGCUGAUCAAAUGGAAGCAUGUCGACUUAGUUGUUCUGCAUAUAUUGAUCAGGCCACAUGUUCAGCUCGAGCAAAAUUUAAUUUUCGUGAUCGAUUCUCAUGUUUACAAACAUUUAGCAGUUUAUUACGCUCUAAAAGACUCGAUUCUAUUUGUAAUAAUAAUACUAGUAAUCUAAGUAAGUACAAUAAAAAUAAUACGAAUUUAUUAAAAGACGCAGAGAAUGCUAUCAAAGAAAUUAUUAAUGAUUUAGACAAACUAACCGAUAAUGUAAAUACAACAUUAACAUUAGAGACGACAUUGAAUAAUUCAAAUUUCCCAGAACAUAAACCUAAUUCAAAUUUAGCAACAUCUAAUCAGUCCAAUUUAACUUGUACAGAAAAUCUUAGUAUUACUGACAAUAGAAGCGCUACAGUUUUCACUUGAUUUCUUUACAUCUAUUUGCAUAUUAUUAUUAUUACUAUUUCUGGUUAAUAUUAGGGGAUUUUACAACGAAAUUUAUUGUUUACCUGUUUCCUACAUCUCCAGGAUGAUAACGAUAUAUAUAUAUAUAUAUAUAUAUAUAUAUGAUUGUGUAAUUACUGCAUUUUACCUCCAUCAUUCUUUGUUUGUUUUUCUCUGUGGAUUUAGACAAAUUCCUCUUUUUUAUGUAAAUGUUUAAAAAUUAUUUUACAUUAUUUUACAAAUUAUCUACACAGUUUGGGUGUUUUUCUUCUCAUUCCUUCUAAUCUUCGAACUAUUCAAUAGCCCAUGCAUUAAAAAGUGUAUUAACUUGUUUGUUUGUGUUACUUCAGUUUAUUUCCUUUUUUUGUAUUCAUCUUUUUGUGUUUUUACAUACUCAUGUAUUUCCAGAAUAGACAAAUCAGUCAACCUUUAACACAACUCUUUAAUCCACACUGCUAUUCAUCUGGAAUACAUGUACUUCGCUCCUUCCUUUGAUUUCUUUAUUAUCUAAAUGAAUAUAUAUGUACUUAUUUCAGCGCACAUCCUAAUUUAUACUGUUGUAAAUAAAAUGUUUUGCAUUGUUUUUUUCGUUCUUUCAAUGUUCAGUCAUUAAUUUUAUUACUAUCAUUAUUUAAUUCUCCCUUCUUUGUAGUAUUCUUCACCAAUGUUCCAAUAAUGUUCUGUAGUAUAUCCCUUGCGAUUUGGUAUCAAAAAUGAUUAUUUUUUCAAUAGAAAGCAAUGUUUUUUUUUCUUGCUCCGUCAGAAAUAAAAAGUUUUAUGUCUGUUCCCAUAUUCAACUACAUGCGCACAAAUUUCCUCAAUCAUUUGAGUUCCAGGUGAAAUUAUAAGGUUGAUCAGUCAAUAUGAACAUUUAUUUGUUCAUUUGUAUAAUUUUAUUCUGAGAUCUGUUUAUUUUCCCCUAAUUUAUCCUGCUAUCCGUGUAUUUUAUUUGUUCCCAUUAUAAUCCUGUAUCAUUGUUGGUGCGUAUUUUGAUUACUUAUUUUAGAUUCUCUGUCCUGUUACAUGGUAUCUUCCUGCUUAUUCUUUAUUAUUCACCCCCUCCCCCACCUAUAAUCCCUGCCUAACUGUGAUCCUUGUGAAAAAAUAAUUACCAUAUUUAUAGUACCGUAUUACUCUAUUUUGUUCUUAACAGCUUACUACUUCUCUUCAUUCUUCCUGUUUUUCUAAUCCUUCACUCCAUGUAUUUGUUUUCUAUGGAGUGUUAUGGAUCUGGUCAUACUCAUGAUGCAAUUAAGAAUUGUCAUCAUUAUUAUUAUUACUAUUAGUAAUUGUAAUCUAAUGAUCAAUAUAUAAUAAUUUUGUUUACAGUAUUUGAUUUUUUGUGUAAAUAUAGGAUGACCUAUGCACGCAGAUUGCACGUAUGUUCAUUCAAUAUUUUUUGACUGAUUUUUAAUUAGGUCAACAACAGUACGUAACUAAAGUUAUAUGAGUUCAUGUUUAGAAAAUGUACUUUUUCAGAAAAAAAAGUAGGAAAUUAAAUGUUUCUCACUAUUUUCGACAAUAGAAAACAAAAGCUUAUGUGAUAAUGUUUUGUAUGCCAAUUUCAAAUCUAAAAUUAUCUCCAGAAUAAACAUUAUCACUUUCUUAUUAGCUCUACUUAUUUCUAUGUUAUAAACUAUGCAGUUUUUAUUGAAAGUUCGUUUCUGUACCUUUAAGCCUACUUGUUAUGUAAAGGUUGCUGAUAGUACCACACUGCUCAAACUGAAUAAUUUGCGUCGUAAUGAUUCAAGGGUGAAUGUUUAAAUCCCAAAGUCGUAGUUCCGAUUUUCGCUUUGAAGUUCGUUUAAAGUCAAUACCAUAUAUAAUUUUAUUGUCCCAACUCGCUUGUUCUUUGAUUUAGAUUUUCAGUAUUGUAAAGUUAUGAAUCAGCCUAAGCUGCUUUCACGUCG